AUGAGACUCAUCAUUCGUGACGACUCCCAGGCUGCUAGCACUUAUGUAGCCAACUAUAUCAUCCAGAGGAUCAAGCACUUCAACCCCUCCCCGGCGCAUCCUUUCGUUCUGGGUCUACCGACAGGAUCCAGUCCACUUGGGGUUUACAAGAUAUUAGUAGAGAAAUAUAAAGCCGGCGAGAUAUCAUUCGAAAAUGUCGUUACUUUCAACAUGGACGAAUAUAUCGGAAUACCCCGUGACCAUCCUGAAAGCUACCACUCGUUCAUGUGGAAGAACUUCUUUUCCCAUGUCAAUGUCAAGCCGAACAACGUCAACAUACUGAACGGCAACGCACCGAACCUAGAGGCAGAGUGCGUCGAGUACGAAGCCAAGAUCAAGCGUGCUGGAGGUAUCGACCUUUUCCUGGGCGGUAUUGGUGAAGACGGCCACAUCGCUUUCAACGAGCCAGGGUCAAGUCUGGCGUCCAGGACGCGUGUCAAGACGCUGGCGUAUGACACGAUCCUCGCCAACUCUCGCUUCUUUGACAACGAUCUGGACAAGGUCCCUAAGAUGGCCUUGACUGUCGGUGUCCAGACAGUGUUGGAAGCCAGAGAGGUCGUCGUCAUCAUUCUGGGUGCUCGCAAAGCAUUAGCACUCCAGAAGUGUAUAGAGCAGGGUGUCAACCACAUGUGGACGCUGUCGAGUCUUCAGCUUCAUCCUCAUCCCAUGAUUGUGUGUGAUGAAGAUGCCACACUUGAGUUGCAGGUGAAGACCGUCAAGUACUUCAAGAGCAUCGAGCAGGUUGCCAGGACAGAAGGCUUCGAGCAGAUAUUGCCGUCGACUAUCCGGACGGGUGCUACUCCGGUGCCAAAGCCUUUGGUCGACAUUCAGGCGCCGACUUCGCCGAUUGCCCAGUCGCCUACCAUCUUGGCGCCCCAGCCUACUACAUCACGACUUCUGCGACCCAGGUCUCCCGCCACAGAGUACCCGGUCAGGGCUGUGUCCCCGGAUUUGGUGCCCGACCGCAUGGCCGACCGAAUCGGUGUGCCGGACAUCUCAAGACGCCUGACGCCAAUGCCAGAACAGCAGCGCUAUGCCAGUGUCGGAGCGUAG